AUGGCGACCUCAGCGUCGACUGAAGGGGUUGCGGGCAUCACGGCUCGGUGGGCUGAUAUGGCCUUGGAGGAGGAGGAGGAGGCGUUCCAGCCCGUUGAUGCGUCUGAAGCAGUCGACGGUGGUGAUGGGGUGGCGACUUGGCCGAUGGUCGGCCGCUUCCUCACGGAUAAAUUAAUCAAACUGGAAUAUAUGCGUCAGGUUUUCGCAUCUGUUUGGAAACUAGUGAAGGGCGUGCAGGUAACGGAGUUGCAGACGAAUUUAUUCAUGUUCGUGUUCUUUCAUAGUUCGGAUCUGCAAUACGUUCUAGAGGAGGGCCCUUGGUCGUUUGAGAACUGCACGUUGAUUUGUAGACCGGUCGUCGACGGGGCACUGCCGGGUGAGGUGAAAUUGGACUCGGUUGACAUUUGGGUGCAGCUACAUGAUCUGCCAGUUGGUUAUACAUCAACUACCAUUCAAGAACAGAUUGGGAAUUUCCUCGGUAAUUUUGUUAAGUGUGAUGAACGCUUUAUCGGGGCUCCGUGGUUAGACUUUUACCGCAUUCGGGUCGCUUUACCGGUCGACAAACCGCUCAAGAGAAGGAUGAAGCUCAUGAAACGUGAUAAGACGUGGAGUUGGGUUUCGUUCAGGUAUGAACGUUUACAUAACUUCUGUUAUUGUUGUGGAAUGAUGGGGCAUGUACACAAGUUCUGCUUGGUGGCGAGGGAAGCAGGAGUUACGGCAGACCGCUUUCCUUUUGGGCCAGAAUUGCGGGCAGGAACGAGACGGGGACCGCGUGGUGUUGGAGAGAGCUGGCUUGUGCCGGUUGGAGGGCCACCGCGUGUUGACAGUGUGGUGGGGGCUGCUUCGGGCGGUGCUGGGAAUGCGGCAGUUGCGUCGCAGGAACCAGACGUUCGUGAAUCUGACACGGGUGUGGUGGCGGUGUCUAAGCGCCGGCGGGAGGGCUCCGGGAGUGGUGUAAGGCGGCACGGGGGGACUGGUGGUGACGUUCAUAUGGCGGAGGUGUCAAAAAACGUGCAUGGGGCGGGUUCUGGUCUCUAUACCCGCCGCUCAUCAUGA